AUGAGCCUCGCCCAGAGCGCGCAGUCGGUCUGGAUACAAGGCUGCCUGGAUGUUGUGGCUCCCACUAUCUUAUUCUUUGAUUAUUUCCUCACUCUACCUCGCGAAAUCGAGCUCAUAUGGGAACGCCCAUCGUCACGACCAUCCAUAGUCUUCUUUGUGAAUCGCUAUAUCCCCAUUGUUACCAGUAUUGUGUCUGUAGUUUUCAGCUUUGCGGAGUUUGCCUCCAAUGAAUCGACAUGCAAAACCUUCUUCAUAGCCCAUGAGGCAUCGAUAAUAUUCUCCCAGGUUGUGGUAGGCGUUCUUCUUGCCCUACGAAUUAUCGCACUGCACCACCGCGACCGCCGCAUUGCUGCAGUGCUCGCCAUCGCCUUCGUCCUGUUGCUUCCGGUCGCUUGCUGGUCAAUCACGGGAGGGAGCUCAUUCGUACUACCGUCUACAUCUGGGUGUCACAUUGCUCUGGAUUUCACAUCCGGCCUCCAUGUGUCCUUCGCAUGGAUGACACAAGCUAUAUGGGACGUUCUCAUAUUCGGGCUCAUGAUACGCAGCACGUUCCGGGUGCGCAGAUUCCGUGAGGGCCGCACGCGUCUCACCGGCACGAACCUCGUGGACCUGGUCUGGCGCGACGGGGCCAUCUACUUCGGCAUCAUGGCUGUAGCCACAUUCGUCAAUAUUGGCUUCUUCUACGUGAAGGACGACGGCAUUCGUGGGACUUUGGCACCCGUGGCGAGCAGCAUAUCCGUGUCCAUGAUGUCGCGCCUGUUCCUCAACCUUCACGAAGCAGUCUCUUCUCCGGUGAAUACGGACGGCGUACUCGAUACCAGAAGGACAAUCACCUUACUCUUUGCUUCGCGCAUGGACGACAACGCGCGCCGUUCCAAUCCCUCAGAGGAUGAGUACUACAGCACUGCGCCGCCAGACACGCCAUCCAUACCCGGAGACAUGUUCAAUCCCGACUCGGAUGUGUCAUUUUCAGACUAUAGCUCACACCGGCGUCACAGACGACACUCCACAGCAGCGGAGGAGUACGCAUUGGACGAUAUGACUACGAGGGAUGCCAGAGCCGUGUAA